GUGGCCUUACAAGAGUUUACUGUAAAGAACGGCACCAGUAGCGGAUCCACGAUUGGUCCUAUGCUCUCUGCCAAUCUGGGUAUUCGUACAGUAGACUUGGGCAUCACUCAAUGGGCAAUGCAUUCGAUAAGGGAAACAUGUUCGGUUGAAGAUAUAGAUUCGAUGCUAAGAAUCUGUCAAGGUUUCUAUCGCUAUUUUGUCGAAGUUGACAAUUCCUUCAUUGAAGCUUAA